AUGGGCUUCAAGUUACUCCAGUCGCUGGUGUACACGCCGCUGCUCCUAACCUCCAUCAUCACCUUCUCGAUCAACACGUACCUGCUCGCCAUCCUAGCCUCGCACUCCCUCUCGCUGCCAGACUCCAUCCCAGCUGUGGAGGGUAUAUCCGGCGCCUCCAUCCUCUACACCAUCGUCACACUCAUCCUGCUAUCCAGACUGGUAUCCGUCCCGAAAUGCUUUGUCCUGCUGAUCCUCAACUUUGCAUUCGCUAUUUGCUGGAUAUACGUGAGCGUGACAUACCGGGCCGGCGCGAGUGGAUGCUCCGGUGACAAUGUCAACGCGGGUGUGCUGGGAAAGGGAAAAGAAGGCGACACGGUGGACGGCGGCUCCGGCGGCUCUGUUGUCCUCCCCGAUUAUGGGACGGGUUGUCGACUCCAGAGUGCCGUGCUCGCCGUGGGCAUCAUCAGCAUAUUUUUCUCGCUGGGCGCCAUUGCAGUUGAGCUCUUCCUCGCUCGCCAGAUCUACCGUGAGAAGCACAGGCUUCUCCCCGUUGAUCCGGAAUACACCAACGAACAUGAAACCAAGGAUGAGACGGGGACCGUGACAUCAACAGCUCGUAAAGGGUUCUUGGCUCGUGUCUUCGGCAAACGACAAACAACGCCGGCUCAAAAGAUGGAGCAGGACAACAUCCUACCCGAGCACACCACGCCUGGCGAGCUUGUCGCCAACCCACGAACCGACAGCUUCGCUCCCAGCGAGCACACGAGCCAGGUUGGCGUGGCUCACGGACGCCCCGAGCCACAGAGAUACGAACUCUACUCCGACGAGGCACAGCAGCAAGCAUGCACUGGAUAUCAUGGAUACUCCCAUCAGCAACGAUACGACAGUGUGGACAAUGUGGAUGACCAAGUGAGUCCGCAGAGUCCACAGCGAUACAAUCUUCAAGAGAGGACGGGCGGGUACCAGCCUGCGCCGGACUAUCGAUAUGAGGACGGAAUCUAUGAACGUCGCUGA